UUUCAUAAGAGCAGGCUCUCUUAUGCAAUCCGUGGCGGUCCUGUUUCGCUGGACACGAGUACCCUUCAGACAGACCGAAAUAUCGACAGUGACAUGGGAAGAGCACUGACGGGGACCGUUAUUAUCACGGGUGGCAAUGGGCAGUUAGGAUCAGAGAUCGCUGUGGCCAUUGCCAAAUCACAACCUUUUGUUCACCUCCUAUUGACAGCACGACAUGCGAAAGCCGAUGAUGUUCAUGCUCUCACCACACGAAUCCGCCUCAUCGGGCCACGAUCCAUCGAGGUGCUUCCUCUUGAUCUAACUGAUCUCCGGGAAGUCACUAAAUUUGCCGAGCAAACGGUUGAUCGCGUACACAGGAGAGAGCUUCCUCCUAUUGUCGAUCUGAUCCACUCCGCCGCCGUUGCGUCCUACGUUGUUGAUGAACUUACCUUGGACGGGUUUGAUCCGGUAUACCAGAUCAACUGCGUCGCCCCAUUUCUUCUGACCGUCGGUCUCCUUGAAGCCUUCCGCGCCGGCGAUGGAACGUCGGGCGGGGGAGCAAAAGUGAUGUACGUCGGAUGCUCCUCGGCGUCUUGCGGCAGACUCGACUACUUCGACCACAACCAAGGCCGAGACAGUCGUCCUCCAGGAACCCCUCUAAGCGCCAAGGAAGGGAAUAUCCGAUUCGGCAGCAGCAAGUUGAUCGCGAGUGUUGCCUUGUAUGCGUUACGUCGAAGCCUGGCCUGUACAGGAAAUAUCCCACUGGACAUCUUCACCCUAGACCCGGGGGGCAUUGCAGGGAAGAGUCAUCUUCGAACGGGGGCGCCCCUGUCGGUCAGAGUCGCACAUCAAACACGAACCGGACUCCGGCCCUUCUUGCGCAUGGUAUCCCGUAGUUCGAUCAACAAGGCCAGUGUUCCAGCCAAGGUGAUCGCCAGGGUCGCAUUCCAACGGGACGCGGUGGAGAAUAGUGAGAGGGAACGGUACUAUAUCCUGGACAGCGAGUACGAGGCCGCAUCCGUCGUAUCAACUUUGCGCAAUGGGCCACAGAUGGCGGGGCGAUUAGUGCAAGUGAUGCGAGAGGCCGAGGGAGGGAAGGAAAGGGGAUCGCCAUCGCCUCACGCCUUUUCCAAAGGCCAUUCCGCCUACCCUCGUGGAUCCGCCUUUUCUAUAUCCCCCCAACCACCACGCUCACAACCCGCCCUGCGACGCAGAAGGCAGCUCCUCCAACGAUUAUGCCUUCUCGCGGCAGUUUCCUUCCUUGUGACAAUUUUCAUUUUUCCCUCAUGGCGCGCCAUCAUCCUCCCUACCUUAUCAUUAGGCCUCCUCCACCCCUCCGAAGAACUACAGCUCCAAACCGUUCGAUAUUAUGACCUCUCCGAAGUGCAGGGCACCGAAAAGGGCUGGGAACGAGGGGAGCGUGUCCUCAUGUUGACCCCUCUGCGGGAUGCUUCCUCGCAUCUCCCAAUGUUCUUCUCGCACCUCCGCAACCUCACCUACCCUCACAACCAAAUCGACCUCGCUUUCCUCGUCUCCGAUUCACGCGAUGAUACCCUCCAAAUGCUUUCGACUAUGCUCACGGAGAUUCAGAACGACCCGGACCCCAAGAUGAGCUAUGGAGAGAUCUCGGUCAUUCAGAAGGACUUUGGGCAGAAGGUGCAACAGGACGUCGAGAGCCGUCAUGGCUUCGAAGCCCAGGCUAGUCGGCGAAAAUUGAUGGCCCAGGCCAGGAAUUGGCUGCUCAGUGCGACGCUCCGUCCUACCCACAGCUGGGUCUACUGGCGAGAUGCAGAUGUGGAGACAGCGCCCUUCACCAUCAUCGAAGAUCUCAUGCGCCAUAAUAAGGAUGUUACGGUCCCGAAUGUCUGGCGACCACUUCCUGACUGGCUGGGAGGGGAGCAACCAUACGAUCUGAACUCAUGGCAAGAAUCAGAGACUGCUCUGGCAUUGGCAGACACGCUCGACGAAGACGCAGUGAUCGUGGAGGGAUACGCCGAGUAUGCGACAUGGAGACCUCACCUUGCCUACCUGCGCGACCCAUAUGGCGACCCGGACAUGGAAAUGGAGUUGGAUGGCAUUGGAGGUGUCAGUAUCCUAGCAAAGGCACGCGUUUUUCGUGCAGGCGUUCACUUCCCUGCAUUUAGCUUCGAGAAGCACGCCGAGACGGAGGGCUUUGGCAAGAUGGCCAAACGGAUGAAAUUCUCCGUCAUCGGGCUGCCUCAUUACACAAUUUGGCACUUAUACGAACCUAGCGUGGACGAUCUCCGUCACAUGGAGGAAAUGGAACAAGAGCGACUCGAGCAGGAGCAGAAAGAGCGAGAGCGCGAACUUGCCGAGAAGAAACAGGGCGUCAACUCAAAUCCCCAGAAUAGUGCUGGAAAGCCUGAUGCCGGCAAAGGCUUCAGCGAGGGUUCUGUUGCUCCGCCAGCGAAGGAUGCUGAUAAAGGCGGCUCCAAGCAAGCGAAAUUGUGA